UUCUUUCUUUAUGUGACCCUUCAAGCUAACUUUGUCUUUCUUUAUGCAACCCUGAGAUAAUCAGGUAUGGUAAUUUCUUAAUUUCUUUGAAGGAGUUAGUUGAUUCGAUGAAGCCAAAGCAGUGGCUUCCAAAAAUUGUUAUUGAGACUGGAAUCAUACACAUCAUGGAUAACUUACCAGAAGGGUCAAAGAAAGUUGUCAUGCCACUGAGGUUUUCUGGGAUCUUCAAUGUGAAUGAGAUAAACAAGAAGUUUGAAUACAAGAACCGUCUCGACAAGAAAGAUUUGGUCAUGCUGCCAGUGCUUGAGUGCGAUAAUGUAAACGACUGCGAAGGAGGAAGGCAUUAUUGGUUCUUUAACAUCAACCUGAGGGACGGACGUUUUGAAGUUCUUGAUUCAAACAGGAAGCUAGAAGACAUUGAGUUGAUGCACACCACCUCUACGAUUGCGGGGGAAGCACGCCAGCUAUGGAGGAAGCAUUACCCAAAGAAGAGCAUCGAGCAUUUCCAGAUUAUUGACAUCGACGUACCAAAGCAGCUUGGCAACAAUGAGUGUGGUCUAUUCGCACUGCUUAACGCCACUGAGUGGAACGGGAGCCUACUGCCCAACUAUGAGCCCAAGGAAGUACUCAAGCUCAAAAAGAAGCUGGCAUAUGAUUGGGUCACCAGCACGCACAACUCUGCCCCAUGGAGAAAGGUUUUCUGUUGGCAAGGAGCUGAUUCAGAUUUUUCUGGACAUAAUUUGGACACAAUUUGAUGCUACAUUUGGAGAUGCAAAAUCUAGGUGAAAGAAGAAAGAAGAAUUGGAUGACAGACUAUAUAUAUAUGUUUUUCAUCGUCGUUUCUGUUUUUACUUCCAAUAUAUUUGAACAUAUUUUUACACUAUAGCUUUGCAAUA